ACAAGUUGUGAUUAUUUCACCGAACGAGCCGUUUGAGCCCUUCUCAUACGGUCAACUAUAGACUUUCUAGCACGGUGUGAAUCGUUUCCUCUACCUUAGCGUCUGAAGCAAAUUUUGCUGUGUGGUGAUUAUCUACUUUGGCGGUUGAUGCUUGUUACCUAAUCGCUGAAAACUCUAUUCAGAUUAAUCAGCCUGUUUAGGGUUUCGUAAAAAGAUGGAUAGGAUCAACGGUCUAUCAGAUGACAUUAUAUGCCACAUAUUAUCUUUCCUUCCGAUUAAAGAGUCUGCUUUAACAUCUGUUCUCUCGAAGCGUUGGCGUAAAUUGUUUGCCUUCACACCAAAUCUUCUUAUAGAUCAUGACCUUGAAGUGAGUAGUGGACAAAGUUUCGGCGAUUUUAUGGAUAGAGUAUUGGCUGUGUCAGAAAAUUUUCCCAUAAGGAAAAUCUCAAUAAAAUGUCGAAACUAUAGUAACUACUUGUGUCAUGUCACCCGCUGGAUGUUUGAUGCGCUGGAACGUGGUGUUGUUUAUCUUGAUAUAGACAUAACCGGUCAUAAACCAGGUUUGAUUUUAUGUCCUCUUGAGAUCUUCACUUGCAAGACAAUGGUUGAGCUGAAACUAGCAAAAGGAUUUCAUGCUAUGAUUCCUGAUGAUGUUUCUCUUCCAUCACUUAAGAGUCUCUUUCUUGAUUCGAUUUAUUCCUAUAAUAGUAAGUAUUAUGUUUUGGGAAAGCUUAUUUCUGCUUUGCCUGUUCUUGAGGAAUUAACCAUUCAUGGUGGGAGCUGGGAGAGGGAUAAAUGCGGUCCCACCGUGUCCUCUUCAACCCUUAAGAAACUUACUAUCAAGUGUCCUAAGUUUAAUAUGUCAAGCAAUAGUUGGGACGUGAUUUUCGAUACUCCGAGUCUUGCCUACUUAGAAUACACUGAUGUAGUUCCAAGAGAGUAUCCAAUUGUGAAUCUUGAAUCCCUUGUCGAAGCUAAGCUUGAUCUUCGUUGUCAUCUUGGUAUUUGCAAUCCAACAAAUCUGAUUAAGGGUUUAAGAAAUGUGGAGGUCUUGGAUUUAUCAUCUAUUGAUACUUCAACGAUGUUACAUUAUUUCCGUGAAGCAAUCCCAAUGUUCAGCAACCUGAUUCGUUUAUCUAUUACAACUAAUUUAAGUUUCUACGAUUCGGAAUAUUUUCCAAUACUUCUAAAAAAUUCUCCAAAUCUACAGACUCUCAUCAUCAAGAGUUCAUUAUUGCACGUUAAUAAAUGUGAAGAAGGAUAUGGAUUGUCAUGUCCUGUGAAAGUAUUGAAGAUAUCUGAAUAUGGAGGAAUCGAUGUGGAGCUAGAGCAAAUGAAACAUUUCCUAGAGAAAUUGUCAUGUCUUGAGCUUGUCAAAGUUCAUGCUUGUGCAAUAAGCGACAAGGAAAAGUUUCGAAUCACCAACGAUCUGCUAAUGGUUCCUAGAUCGUCCAAGUGCAAUAUCCAGAUCAAGUUUUAUGAGAAAACUAAGUAAAUGCAUGAAAAAACAUUGUUCCCUCCUGGUUUUAUAGUUUAGUAUGUUGGAACAUUA